AUGCAGCGGAUGGUUGAAAAAAGUCUGCAACAGCAGACGAAGAGGCCGUCUUUGAGGAAGAUGGAAAGCAUUGUCAGCAAUGAAUCCAAAGAUACGGAUGACUUCACAAAGUGCACUGGGUACGGUUAUGAACUUGGCUGGGCCAAUAGCAGGACUUUUAUAAAACAGCUUGCCAAAGACAACAUCGACCCCUCCCUCCUGAAUGAUGAGCUUCAACGGCACGCAGAAGGUCGCAGACACAGAAGCUGGCGGGCUAGGUGCCUGGGACGCUUUCGCAGCAACAUCGCUCAAAUUCUCUUGUGCAUCCUGGUGCUAAUUGACUCAGGCAUUGUCAUCGCUGAAAUUAUCUUGGAGAUUCGUUCCAUCCAAAACUACAAGGAGCUGUUCGACAUCAAAGCACAACGUCUCAACUACUUGAUGGCGAUUCACGACGGCCGAUGGACAGGUGAAUGGUGCUCAGGGAAGGUCCCAACCCCAGAUGCCUUUAACGACCACCCCCACCCAGAGGAGCAUCAGGCGAUCCUGCCGUUGGGCCAGACGGCUUCAAUGGAUGAACACCGACUCAAGGUGCUCCGCGACUUCAUCCAAUGUUGGCAGACCUUCGUCCAGCACGCGUCGGUGGCCAAAGAAGACGGCUGCAACCCUCUACUACAACGAAGGUGCCUGGACUUGAAUGCGACAGAGAUAAGGCUCCCUGAUACCUCGUCCACACGGAUGCUCAACCCCGCAAUGCUGCAUCACGCGUCCGAAGUGAUGCAUUUUGUCAGCAUUGGCGUCACUGGCCUCUUCAUCUGCACCAUGGUGCUCAAGAUUGUCUGUCUGGGCCGCAAGUUCUUUUCCAACGUCUACGAAGUGAGUCCAAAGAAGCAUCACGUGAAAUUGGAGCAAACUGUACAAAAGAGAACCAACCAACUAACGCGUCUCAUCUUAAAAGGCCCAUUCAGGGCCGACACACGUACCUGCUAG